AUGCCUAACAAUCGACAUUUACAAAGAGGAUAUGAAUCGUUCCCAAAUGAGGUCACGAAGGAAGUCGAUUGUAGACGCGAAGGGGCAAUCAGCGACCAGAAGGGAGCACGAUGGUUCGUUGCUCUACUCGCAAUCGGUGGCGGCCUCCGGGGUUCGACUAGACUGAAGAAGAAGAAUGAUCGAAGCUGCGAGGCGGCUGUGACCUCGGACGAGAAGAAAGAGACGAAGCAGUGGGGAUGCUCGUCUUCAGUCUUCGAAGGAGUUGCGAAGGAAAACGAGAUGGCUGCGAGGCAUGAUGGAGGUUGUCAUCUCCCGAAGAAGAUGGAGCGCCUCUGA